AUGCCGUCCAAUCUCCCGUCAAGCUUUGCCUCGGCCGCUGCCGGCCAGAAUGCAAACCGCGAUGCAAGAGGUGGUAGAAGUGAUGGAAGGCCAUCUGCUGGAGGCGAAUGGUCUCGAAGAGAUGGCCGUUCAGCCAACGGCACCCUGACCUUCCGCCGCUCCUCCACGACCCCUCUGAGCCAGUCCUCAAACCCCCCGCCCGCGAACGACAAUGCUGUCCAGCCUCCCAGCGUCGAGGAGGCCCCCAUCACACAGCCUACGACGUACGAAAUCGGUCCCUCACGCUAUACCAAGGAUGAUCUUCUCGAGAUGUACCAGUCCCAGAGGCCUGCCGGUAACCCCUCUCAUCUCUUCAUCCCAGGCUGGGACCCGAGCAACUCUGGUGGCGCUGCUGCAAGGGGCUGGGGGAAGAGCAACGAGAACCACGUGCCACAGGAUCCUGGCACCUGCUGGGAUGCCAACGGCCAGACGGCUCCCAUAGGGCUUUCGGCGUUUACCGAGGAGGAGAAAGAGGCCUUUUCUUCCGAUAUCAACUCCCCUCUCAAGCCUCCCACGCAAGCCAAGGAAGGGCACCAGGCGGCUGUGAAUGGGCGCAAACCGUCUCUUUCCCAUGCCCCUGGAGGCACGUUUGGAGUGAGCUCUCCGUCGUCCGCUGUCCGACCCAGCACUCGCCGACGAGAAACUGUCGAUUCCAACCCCUUCAGCCCGAGUAAUGUUGCAUCGCCGACCGCCAAUCGAUUUUCCCGUGAUGACCCCUGGUUUUCACGAAAGAGCGGCGAAUUGCGAGAGUCCGACGUAGAUGAUCCCGAAAGCGCCGAAUCGGCCUCGCGCGAUGCCCCCAAGCCCUCGAUUCCAAGCCUACUGCGAGCUAACACCUCGACCGGUGUGAGCAUGACGUCAAUGUGGCCAUCUUCCAGCAUCUCGGGUGCUGGCGGCGGUGCCUUUGGUAGUUUUGCCCUGCCAACCUCGCCGGCCAUUGGCGACAAGCGGCCGGGAGGUACCGGCGGAGGCAGCCGACUGGCUCAUCUCAUUCCCAAGGACAGUGGUGAAAGCUCAGCGAGCAAGCCCUCUGAGGCCCAGAACCCUCCUGCUCAGCAGUCUUGGCGCAGCAGACCCCGAACUGACACUGACCCGUUCGGGGGGGAUGAGGUGACUGGCAGCGCUGCUCUAGGGGGGGAUGCUGCUCCGGAAGCUCAGCACCCUCCUGCCCGAGCACCGCUCUUUGGCUCCACUGGAGAUUUCGGAAUGUCCAACUUGAACUUGGGUGGUUCGCCUUCCGGGACCAAUGGCCCUGCUAGCCCCUCGGAAACGAAUCCUUAUCGCAGCCCCCCCGCCGAGCGUCACGAUCAUGACGGCCGGUCUGAGUCGGGCGCCGGGGACAAAGCUCCCGGCGCAGGGCAUGAGCAGCCACACUCCAACUACAGCACGCUUUCUCGAGGUUUCGGCGCCGCCUUUGAUGGAAGCGAUCGUAGCCAGACGUCCAGCGUAGGCGCGAAAGCCUACCUGUCUGGCUGGCCCGCUCCGGCUGGUCCGUCCACCGGAACCCCGGACCGUGAGCGAUCCACCUUCGGAGGAGCGUUCGGCAGCUCUCUCUUUAGCCCGAUGGGUGACAUGCAGUCUCCCGGCCUGGGCAACCUCGGAGGCGUGUUUGGACCGUCCACCACCGGUAGCAUCGGUCGCGGAAGCAAGUUGGGCUCUCUUUUCCCCGCCGCCAUGCAAGCCCAGAUGCAGGCGCACGAGCACGAGGGCAGCCUUUCCGACUCUCUCAGCGACCUUCGACAGAGCAACCCGCUUGGUGCCAUUGGUCGAAGCAACUUUACGGUACCAACUCGAGACACCGACAGCCCCAUGAGAUCAAACCGCGGGGUCUUUGAGGAACUAUUUCCCUCUAGUGACAGCUCGAGAAACCUCGGCCCCUUUGGAACUUCAGACGCUGGACAGCCAGGUAUCGCCGCUGCGGCGCCUCAAUCGUUCACGCCGGUCAGUGGCGGGCUACCUUUUGGGAGCGGCCAGGCCGGCGUAGAGCCCCCGUCUGCUCAAGUUCGCCAGAUGGUGAUGCCUGAUCGGAUGCGAUGGGUCUACCUCGAUCCCCAGGGCCAGAUCCAGGGUCCGUUUACCGGGCUGGAAAUGAACGACUGGUACAAGGCCAACUUCUUUACCCCCGAUCUCCGAGUAAAGAAGGUGGAAGACCCAGAGUUUGAGCCCCUCGGCCAGCUCAUCAGGCGAAUCGGAAACUCUCGCGAGCCGUUCUUGGUUCCCCAAAUUGGCAUCGCUCACGGACCUCCAAUGCAGAGCGGCCCCUUUGGACCUGGAACCGGAAGUGGCAUCAUCCCUCCCCUCAGCGGCGUCUUCCCAACCUUUGGCCGAACUCUGACUGCCGAAGAGCAGAACAACCUUGAGCGUCGCAAGCAAGAAGAGCAGUUCCUCAUGGCCCAGCAACGAGACUUUAUGAUGCGUCAGCAGGCCAUGGCCAAGUUUCAGAUACAGCCAAGCCUCCAACAUCACUCCAGCGCUCAUAGCCUCCAGAGCCAACCGAGUUUCGGCAGCAUGACAUCGCCCCUGGGAGUUCCUCAGCAGCAACAUCACCAGCUGCCUCAUCAGCAACCCAUCGGCCCCCUUGGUCAGGCCACAGUCUUCGACACUCAUCCCGGUGCCGCGAACCCCGCUGCCGUCCGCGCCUCUAUGGGAAACGGCGAGCUUUUCAGGCCCGAGGACCUGGUUAAUCUCUCGGCCACUGAACGGCAAAUGCUCGUAUCCUUGCAGGGCGAGCCUACCGGUACUGAAUCUGGUGCGCCUCAGCCUAUUGGGACUCCGGGCGACGCAAGUCUGCGCUACGGUCUGCCAGAAGCUAACGAGCUGAAGGAGGACGAUGAAGGUUUCAAAGAUCGCCUGAAAGAGUUUGAAGAUCUUCGCGCCGAGCACGACGCCCAGCAGGCUGCUGCCGCGGCAGUUGAGGAACAGCAGGAGGUCUCCGCAAAGCCGGAAGAGACGACGACUGUAACGACGACGACGGUCGUCUCCGUCGAGCAGCGAAGCGAACCCAUUGCCCCAGCUACAAAGCCUAGCAAGGCAUCAAAGAAGAAGGCCGCGGCGGAAGAGGCGGCGUCACUGUCUCUGACCCAGCAGGUGCAGAAGACUCAACAAGCAUCCGUCGUCGCGUCUGCGGCUGCUCCCGCUGCCCCCCAGCAGAGUGAGCCCGGGAUGCCAAUGCCGUUUCCCCCUCCAGCUACAAUGACCCCCCUCCCGGCACCUACGGCGCAGAGGGCCAGGUCCAACCUGCCUGAGCAGUUCAACCGAUCGCAGAAUGCGACUCCCGACGCUGUCGCUCAGCCUCCCCCCUUGGCCCCAUGGGCCAAAGACCCCGGCCAGGAGGGGCAGAAAGGUCCAAGCUUGAAGGAAAUCCAGGAAGCCGAGGCACGCAAGGCCGCGAAGGCCGAAGAGGCUGCCGCUGCCAUGCGAAAGGCGGCGAUGGAGCAAGAGGCUGCCCUGCUGAGGGAGAAAGAGAAGUCGGCUGCUGCGGCUGCUGCGGCCGCCAACGCUGGCCUCCCGGCAACCAGCACUUGGGGCCAAAGCUCGCCCGUCUCGUCCGUCAGCCCCUGGGCUAAGCCGGCGGCUGCCAAGUCGAAGGGAAGCACCCCGAGCGCUGGAGCCGCUGGAACAAAGAAGACGCUGGCCGAGAUCCAGCGUGAAGAGGAGGCACGCAAGCAAAAGGCCAAGGAGGUCGCCAUCCAGAGUGGCGGCGGCGCUCCCAUCAGCGCCGGCAAAAGCUAUGCCAACCUCGCCGGCAAGCCGAACCACACCGCCGCCCCGACGGUUCCCUCUCCCAUCUUGACCGGUGGAAGCGGUUGGGCCACUGUUGGAGCCGGUGGCAAGGUGAAGAGCCCAUCGACGGUUCCAUCUCAGGUGCAAAGUCGCUCAGCUAGCGUCAGCAGCGCCGCCAAGCCUGCUCUGGCCACUCCCGUCAAACUGGUUCCCAAGUCCAUUGUCGUCAACAAUGCUGGCUCAGCCAACACUGCCAUGGACGAGUUCAACAAGUGGGCCUACAGAGAGCUCUCCCGGGGUAUUACGGGCGUUGAUAUCACGAGCUUCCAGGCAGAUCUUGCUGUCCUGCCCCUUGACACCGGGCUGAUUGCCGACGCUGUCUAUGCCAACUCCACUACGAUGGACGGCCGACACUUUGCUGAGGAAUACGUCCGCCGCAAGAAGCUGGCGGAGAAGGGCGUUGUUGAGAAGCAACCGCAGACAGAUAGCAAGGCGUCGAGCUCCGGCGGCGGAUGGAGCGAGGUGGCCAAGAAGAGCAGCAUCUCGCAGCCCAAGGACACCGAGUCGGCGAUGCAGAGCGCCGACUUCAAGGUUGUCCCCGGCCGCAAGAAGGGCAAGAAAUAG